AUGAUAGAUGGGGUGACCUGCAUAGGCGGGUUGCACGGUCUGCUGGGUAGGGUAACCCUUUCAGCCGGGGCGACAAUUUGCCAAGUAACGUCUCAAGCAUUCGUUUUGAUCUUGAUGUGUGUGGAAAGUGCCUCCGAAGCAGUCCUUAAGUUUCGUGGACAUGAACCAGCUCAGCCAUGUUCACCAGAUAUUUGCAAGCUUCCCGACUGCCGUUGUAGCGGAACAGACAUCCCUGGAAAUCUUCCACCAAAUAAAGUUCCGCAAAUGGUUAUGUUGACCUUCGAUGACGCUGUAAAUGACCAAGUGGACAGAUAUUACCAGGAUCUAUUUGGGACUGGCGAACUGAAAAAUCCAAACGGUUGUACCGUAACAGCCACUUUCUUCGUGUCGCACGAGUACACGGAGUAUCAAAUGGUACAAGCGCUGUACCACAACAGGCACGAUAUUGCAGAUCAUACAAUCUCACACAGAACCCCUACUUCCUGGUGGAAAUCAGCAAAUUACAGUCAGCUGACGGACGAAAUUGCGGGACAGAGGGAAAUUUUAAGAAAGUGGGGACAGGUCAAGGCAGAGGACGUCGUUGGAUUCCGUGUACCCUUCUUGCAGCUCGGGGGCAACACAAUGUAUCAAGUUCUGCAUGAUAACAAGUUCCUGUAUGACUCGUCCAUGCCAACCCAGAAGUUUACGGAUCCGCCGAUGUGGCCCUACACGCUGGAUUAUCGAUCGACACAAGAAUGCGUUAUUCCGCCAUGUCCUACAGAUUCAUUCCCUGGUCUUUGGGAGGUUCCUAUGAUCGACUACACCGAUUCACGAGGAAAUCCAUGCAAUAUGAUUGACGAAUGCUACGCAUCAGCCAAUGAAACGGAAGCAUAUGAUCUAUUGUCGACGAAUUUUGAGCGACAUUACACCACCUUGAACAGAGCACCAUUCCCCAUGUUUCUGCACGCUGGAUGGUUUGCGAGAUAUCCAUACACUUUAACUGGAAGAGAAAACUCGUGCAUUUUCGUCUCAAAGCUAAGAUUUGACAAAUUAGAUUUGAUUGAAACAGGAAGAAGGUUCCAAAUUUUAGCAACUUUUGAUAUUCCGAUGAGCAACUUUCCAGCAUUUUAA